AUGCCCGGGGUCGUGGAGCCUCCGGUUCGCAGCUUCCACCCACCCAGCCAAAGGCGGAACGGCAUUCUCUGCCCCCCACGUGCACGAGCAGCGUGCACUCUUUGCCGAGCACGAAAGAUCAGGUGUGAUGCUAGAGGCAGUCAGCCGUGCACGAAUUGUGUCUUCGAAGACGUCCAGUGCAUUCUAUUACCGAGGCAGCGUCGCGCCAAAAACCAAACCAGUCUCACGAAACGUCAGAAUGGACUUUCAGCGGAAGACUCGAGUGAGAUUCCAGCCUUAUCAGCAAUCGAUACAGCUGACAUCGGACCAUAUCACAAUCAAUCGCGGCAAAACCUUCCAUCUACUAACAACGUGGAUCAAACCAGUCCAGAUUCUGGUCCCACCAUCAUAAAACAAACAUCCGCUGGCCUUGAUAGCAAGUCUGCUCAGGAUAGCGAGGACGAGAUCGAUUGGUAUGAGGCUGCACUGAACAGCGUUCCUCCUCCGUGUUCUCCGAAUUCAUCUGCAUCUUCGACAUUGGAUCGGACGUGGCCUGCUUCAGAACCGUCAUCAGCUGAUUCCCCAGUAGCACGGUUUGUGAAACCUGCCCCCUCCUGCCUUUCGAGGGCGGACUUGAAUUAUCUCCAUCAGAAAGGCGCUUGUUCUCUUCCGGAUGCAGAGCUUCGGGACGCAUUAAUUGAGAGCUAUAUCGACUACAUCCAUCCGUGUUACCCAUUCCUUGAUCUAGACACGUUGGACAAAGCCCUUUACGGCAACUCAGAUCAGCUGUUUAGUCUCCCCGUCCUCCAAGCGGUAAUGUUUGCGGGAGCAUCCUGGGUCGACAUCAAGUUACUGAGGAGGCGAGGCUUCUUGACCAGGAAAGCUGCCCGAAUGACAUUUUACCUGAGAACUCGGUUGUUGUAUGAUCUAGAUUAUGAGAAGGACCCCAUGUGCAACAUCCAGACCCUCAUUCUUUUGUCACUUUGGUGGGAAGGACCACCGCAAUACAAAGAUGGCUGGCAUUGGCUGGGAAUCGCCCUGUCUCUUGCCAGAGCCAUUGGAUUGCACCAGGAUAUCAACAACCAAUAUCUGAAGCCAAAGGCUCGUGCAUUAAGACGGCGCCUUUGGUGGAGUUGCACCAUCAGAGACACGUGUGCCUCGAUGGCAACGAACCGAGUUCCGCGGAUCCGAGACUCAGAUUUUCGAGUGGCACCUCUGACUCUGGACGACUUCGAAAUAAAUGUCCAUCCAAGGCCCGACCACCACAAUAUGAGGGCAAAAUCUCUAUAUUUUCAGAGACAACAGGCAUCGAUCUGUAUACAAACAGCUAGCAUCUGCAGAAUCAUCACCAGGGUGCUGCUCAAGGCUUAUCACGAGACAUCAACCGGAAACAUUGAUAUUUUGUACUUUCAUCCUAUUCCUAAACAACGGAAAACUCAUAUUGAACCGCGCGAGUUGAGAGAUAUCGAAGAUGACUUUCGACAAUGGCUGGAGAACGCGCCUUCGGAGGUCCUACACCCCGGCCCGAUGCCUUCACGAUCGGAUACACACGAGCGGGCACUAUUCGUGCACCGUGCACUGCUUUCCAUUUUGUAUCACACAGGCUUCGUCUUGAUACAUCGACAGAGGACACUUCCAUCUAACGGACAUGUACCCGACGAACCGAAUAAAUCUCCACUCGCCGAAGGUACACCACGGGCCAUAGUCCGAGAAGCUGCCUUGCAGGUGAACAAAAUCAUCAUGGAUGCCUAUGCUGCAGACGUGAUGAAGGAGAUGCCCCCCACUGUGAUAAGCUGCCUCUUUCCAAUAAGCGUCAGCCAUAUUACCGACAUGAAAAGUGAGGACCCCAUGGUGCGCUAUGAAGGACGCCAGAGGCUGGAAGAAUGCAGACAGGCCCUUCGGGAACUUGUUGACGGCCACCUUUCUGCAGAGUGGGCAGUUAAUUUCUUGAGCUAUGUCGAGUCCCGGCUUAAUCCUGUACAGCAUCCAACAACAAAAAGGGGGCCAGCUGUGGUCCAUGGGAAAACUCUAUCGACUGUCCCAGAAAAGAUGUCACUGGCUGGAUAUGACCAGUGUCAAGGAUGGGAACAGAAUCGAGGCCAGAACACUGAAGGUGACGCACCAAUUCAACCUUCGGGUAGUGAAGGGCCAAAGUCCACAAACCUGGCAUCUCCAAACCUGGACGAGCAACCUACCGCAGAGCACAAUCCCUUCUUGUAUACCCAUACACCAGCUGGUUUUUCGGACCUAGUCUUCCCAGAUACGUGGCUGGGUGGGCCAGAUGCACAGAACAGUACAUCUGGUGGUACGUGGGUUGACAAUGACAUUAUAUCCCUGCCUUUUGCAUGA